CACUGCAUUUCAAUGAACAAUAAUAAACAAAAGCUAAAUACCGAAAAUAAUUGUAACGAAGAAACGAUCAAUGUUCAAGGACAUUCUCAGCGAGUAUCCUCAAAGAGUUUGCGUGUACGUCACUAUAUACGAUAAUGUUGGUCAACGAACUCUACUAACGAUAGCGACGGAUCAAUUGAAAUGCACCCCUUCGUCCUGCGUUCUAUGUCUCAUUCUGUUAUCGUAUCAAAGGGGAGGUUCCAUCCCUCGACGAAAUGUUACUUUCGAACCGUCGAAAAAGAUUAAGUGAAAUGAAAGUGACAAGAGAAUUUCAAUAUCGUAUAGUAUAUUCAUCGUGCGAUAUAUUUCUUUGAUAUCGCAGGAAAUACAUAUAACUAAACAAGACGGAAGUAAUUAACAAUCAAAUUAAAAAAUUAAAAUAUAUCGAUCUUUGAUCGAAAUAUAAAAAAUCAAAAUAGGAUAAAUAAGUGAAACGGGGAAAAUAUAAUAGGAAGAAAAGUUAGAAUUACGAAGGCGCGUCAGAGUAUUGAGGGAAGGAAUAAUUAGAGCGAGCGUAUGGGAAAGAACGCAUGAAGGGUCGCACCUAUUCCCCAAGCGGCUAUCUCGCUCGGUUUGUCCCGAUUCCUCGGGGGUGCGCACACGUGCGUACGCGUACGCGCAUGCGCACUCGACGAGAAUCGUACCUGAUAACGGCGGGUGUUCGACGGUCUUCUCAGUUAUGCUUGAUGCGUCUCGGCGUCGCGACGCAUCGUUCGAUUCUUUCCUUUUUUUACACUUCCUUCUUUAUCCAGUUAUCUGCUUUCCUGUGAAAGAAUCAAACGUUCGUAAAGGGCAUUGGCAAAACGAGAUGUCACUUUGUUAUUUUCGAAAUGUUAUACACAUGAGUUACGCGUUUCGUGACAUUGAUCAGUUAACCGCUACUUAACACACAUAUAUAUAUAUAUUAUAUGUUCGACGAUUAAUAAGCGUUCGACUCGAAAUAAUAAAAGCUUUCUUUCAAUUUAUCGGUUAUAUUCGCACGUAUCUUGGAAAUUGUCGAUCAAAUUUUAUGAAAUUCGCAUAAAAUACAUUAUAUGGACGAUCGUUCGAAUUUCUUCAACAUGCAAACAGUUUCACAAGAGAUAAAAGAGAUUGAUCUCUUUUGUGUUUUAUUUUGGCAUAUCGAAUGUUCGCAUUGCUGAAAAGCAUGUGCGCGUGCACGUCACGCGAGUAACGAAGCAAAAUUAUAAAAUAACAACAAGUCAAAAGAUAGGAAAGAUAUUAUUUGAGUCAAUUUAUACCAAUUUAAGAAUGUGGACAUAUUAAUAUCGGAGUGUUCGGAAAAUAUCGUGGAAAAUAACAAUUGGCUAAACGAGAUCAUGAUGUGGUUACUUCUAUUGUUGCUGUUACCGAUAAGGACAUCUACCUCUGAGCUCUACUUUCCGCAGUCGAAUUUGACCGUAAGGAUACCGUAUCUUCCGCGAAACGGAGGGGAAUUUUCGUGGAACUUGAAAUUGCUCGAGUUGAGGACUCUUCGGAACGACUCGUCCGAACCAAGUCACGCAAAGUAUCGCAUCAAGGUGCCCCACGAACAAAUUGCUUCGAUAGAUACCGAAACGAACACCCUAUUGUUGCACGAUCUUUCGAAAGAAGACACAUCUGAAAAUCAUACGAUCGUGGUACUGGCGAGAGAAAAUGGCAGCAACGAGGCCGUAUUGGAAAUCAAGGUGAAACCGUCGCGUGUUAAUGGAAUGCAUAUCAAUUGCACAGAUUACGUUCAGGACAUGUGUUUUUGGAAUACAUCAAGAUAUAGAAUUUACGAAAAUCAACCAAUCGCGAUGAUCGGCACAUUUGGACCUGGAUUUUAUACUAAUAUUUGCCCGAAUUUUCAACUCACCGGUUACAAACUAUUAAAUGGUACGGAAUAUUUUCACAUGACGAAGAACACGUUAUUCUCUAACGCAUUACUGGACAGAGACUCGUUGGGGCCGGCGCCUGGAGGGCCAGGUCCCCGUGUCGUCCUUCAAGUUCAAUGUGUCGUUUGGGAGAACAUCACCGGUAUACAAUACGCGCCCAUCAACACCUUGCAUAUUGAUAUUUUGGACCAAGACGACAAUCCACCGAUGGCUCAAGGAAAUGAUUCCAUCGCUAUAACGCUUCAAGAAUUCACCACGGGUGAUAAAUUAGUAGACGACAACAAACUAAUACUAAAGGACGCGGACACGGAAAGCAGUAAUAGAUAUACUAUUCGCAUUCUCGGUGAUACUAAUGAUGCUUUGAACUUCACUUACAACACAUUGCCAAUCGAAGCUUCGAAAGGAGUACCUUAUACCGCCAUAUUUACAAGAAUUUCCGCAAAAACCACUCUCUUACCGAAGUCUCCUUAUCGGGUUAUUCUUCAAGUAAAGGACGAAUCUCUCAUUCCAGGGUACGGGGAAAACACGUUAAACAUCACCCUAACUUUCUACGGACCGGAACAUCGGACAACCACGACAACCUUAUCGCCAAUACCAUCGAGCAAACAGCAAUCGUUCUCCUAUCCCUCGAAUGUGAAGGUUGCUCGAAUCGCAUCUCGUUACACCCGAGUCACCAAACCGACUAGCGAGCCGCAUCCCUCGAUAACAUUUAACGUUCACGGAUCGAGCGCAUUCGCUGUCACGUACAGAGGAGGUAUAGUCUAUGUUGCCGACGAAGAUCUGCUGAAAACAGAACCAUCUAGUUUACCGCUUAAAGUGAAAUGGAACGGAAAAGAUCGCGGUUCCUCGAAGACUAUAAGAAUCAACUUGACAACGUCGAAAAUGGACACGUGCGGCACAAACCACAACAAAAUCACUCGAUCGCAUUCCUGCGCCAAUGCGGAAACGCCUGAGGACUGCGAAUCCAGCUGCGGGGUCGCCAGUGGAUUUUAUAGCAGAGGCAACUUUUCCGGCCAAUGCAUGUGGAGAUGGAACAAACGGUCGAAUCAAGUUUCCAUGAUGUCCGAUCAUUAUCCUACCUGCUCCCCGGAUUUGUCGUAUUGCCCCGACAAUACGUGCGACGAGCUCGAACAAUUGGAUCCUCGGAUUUGCCCGCAGGAUUGCACGGUCGAACCGGAUGUGCACUUCGCUGAUAUGAACAAAAACGGACGUGGAAUCAAAAGUGGUUUAGGAACUUGCGCGUGCAACGAUGUGUUGCAAUGCACUUGCAACGUGGAUCGUUUUCGUAUAAAAGAUACUGAGAAGGGUAAUAAAGAGAGAAAGGAAUCAAAAGAAGAGAAGGAGGGGAAAUCGCAAAAUCAAGAAGAUGAAAUUGUUGUGACCGGUGCUCGAAAAGCGUCUCACGGACCAUGUGGACCAAUUUGUAUGAUAGGCGUGAUCGGAGGCAGUUUCUUUGUGUUGAUAGUGAUCAUUGGUUCUUUCGUCACAUCGAGAUACAGACUGGCUGCAAAAGAAGCUCGACGAGAGGGGAAACGAAGAGUCGAUGGUGAUUCAAAUGUUGUUGGCAUACUAUCCUCGGACUAUGUUGACAGAGGAGAUGGUUUGCUUAUCGGCUUGGACACUUUCACUGCGGCGAAUCGCCAUCUUCUUCUUCCUAAAAUGUCUCCGCCGGAUCCAAAAUGGGAGUUCCCACGAUCGCGACUGACCAUCGAGCAAGUACUCGGCGAAGGAGAAUUUGGUCGGGUGUUGCGCGCCAAAGCGAUCGACAUAGGGGGAAUCCCAGGACCCACGACGGUCGCGGUGAAAACAUUAAAGGAAAACGCGUGCGCCUCCGAAUUGGCAGACUUAUUGUCAGAAUAUCAGCUACUAAAGGAGGCUCAACAUCCGAACGUGAUCAGAUUGCUGGGCGCUUGCACCACACCCGGAGCUCCUGUCUACCUCAUCAUCGAAUUUGCGGAGUUUGGCUCGUUGCGAAAUUAUUUAAGGCGUAAUCGACAUUUGGAAUCCGAGGCAAGAAUUGGUGGAUGUUCGGCUUUAUCUAACGUCACUGUUGGUGAAACAAAUGGAACAUCCGUUUACACAGUCACGCCACGCGAUAUCCUCUCGUUCGCUUGGCAGAUUAGCAAAGGAAUGGCCUAUCUAGCCGACAUUAAGUUGGUUCAUAGAGAUCUCGCAGCAAGAAAUGUAUUACUCGCAGCCGAGAAAGUGUGUAAAAUUUCUGAUUUUGGAUUAACGCGUGAUGUCUAUGAAGAUGAUGCGUAUUUAAAGCGCAGCAAAGGACGAGUGCCGGUAAAAUGGAUGGCACCUGAAUCUCUCGCGGAUCACGUGUAUACCAGUAAAUCAGAUGUUUGGAGUUUUGGUAUUCUUCUUUGGGAAUUGGUCACUUUAGGUGCAUCUCCUUAUCCCGGUGUAGAUGUACACAAUCUCUACAAUUUACUCAAAGCUGGAUACCGUAUGGAAAGACCGACAAAUUGUUCAUUACAGUUAUACAAACUGAUGAUGUCAUGUUGGCAUCAAGAAUCUGCCAUUAGGCCGUCAUUUAAGGAACUUACCAAUCAUUUGGAAAAAAUGUUAGAGGAUAGCGUUGAAUAUUUGGAUUUGAAUCCAAGAACUGUUGACAAUCAGGCUUAUUUUGCCUCGCUUCACGCUUUAGACAGUCCAUGUAGUUCUAGUAACGAUGCUACAGAAGAUUGUGAAAUCAAUGGUUUGAAAACAGAUGUUGUCAACUAUUUAGAAAAACCUUGUUCUGAUAUGGUGACUAAGUGUGACAAGAUUGACAAACUCCAUACUUUUUGGCAAGAACCUCUAGCGACCUCUUCCGAAAAAUCCGUUAAGUUAUAUAUGAAUGAAUCAUCGAAUUUUCAAGUUAAUCAUUAUGAGAGUCCUAUCAAAUUCAGAAACACUAGCGUAACCAGUAAUAGCGAAAAUGAUUUAGUUACAUCGAUGAAUGGACAUUUGCAAUCUUAUAUAGAUAUGGAAGGUAAGAAAUCUUUAGAAAUAAAAACAGAGGUAAAAACAGAAACAGAAGAGGAAGCAGAAAUGAAAGAACUACUUGUUUUUGCCAAUGAAAAUGACAACGAUGAAAGUCAAUCUAAGGAUGUUCUACACAAAAAAAUCUAACAAAUAU